AUGCCGGUCUCCAAGGCGACCAAGAAGUUCGAGAAGAACAAACUGCACGAUGUCAUCAAGCGCCGGAAAGAUGUCGCGAAAAUCAAGCAGAAGAAGCAGAUGGAUGUGAAGAAGAAGGAGCGCAAGGCCAGAGACAACGCGAAAGCGGACGACCUCGAAGAUGCGAAAAGCAAGAAGCCCAGCUCGAGAGCAGAGAAGGAGGACGCUUCCUUCGGCGAGAUGUCCAUGGACCAGUUCUUCGAGGGCGGGUUCCAGGUGCCAGAGAUGAAAAAGUCCUCGACAAAACCAAAGACGGGAAAGCGCAAACGCACACCGAUCGAGAACGGAGGCGCCGCAGAUUCAGAUGCCGAGAUGCCCGAGGCGACUGCAGGUGCCGAAGAAUCUGCUUCGGACAGUGACUCGGGUGACGACGCAGAGGCGCAUAAGGGACAGCUCGCAGAUCUGCAAAAGAAGGACCCCGAGUUCUACAAGUACCUCAAGGACAACGAUGCAGAGCUCCUUGACUUUGCCGAAGACGCAGACUUGGCCGAGAUCGAUGCGCUCAGCGCCAGUGAAGACGAGGCAACGCCGAGGAAAAAGAAGAAGAAGGCUGUAGAGGCGGACAGCGACGAGGAUGAUGAAGAAGCGACAACAGGCAACGAGGUCACGAAGAAGAUCAUAAAGAAGUGGAAAUCUUCCAUGGAGACCAACUUUUCACUGCGUGCCAUGAAGGAGGUGGUUCUAGCCUUCCGAACCGCUGCCCAUCUGAACGACGACGAGGGCAAGAACUACAAAUACACAAUAUCCGACCCAGAUGUGUACCAUGAGGUCCUCGUGACUGCUCUACAGCUUGUACCAAAGGUGCUGCAACAUCACCUGCCUGUCAAGGAGACCGCAGGCGGAAAGCUAGCAUGCACUGACAACUACAGACGCGUACCCACCGAUGCGAAGAAGUUCAGCACUCUUACUCCCCUUCUCAAGUCGCACACUGUUUCGAUACAACAUCUUCUCGAGAACCUCUCCGAUGCCUCUACUCUCCGCAUGACGCUCGAGUCAUUACUCGGCCUGCUGCCCUACAUCCUCUCGUUCAAGAAGAUCGUCCGAGAGCUCACAAAGGUUGUGUCGUCUGUAUGGUCAGAUUCUGCCAACAACGAGAUGACGAGGUUGUCAGCCUUCCUUGUUAUGCGAAGACUCCUAGUCAUCUCCGAUCCAAGCAUUCGUGAAGCUGUUCUAAAGCAAGCCUACCAAGGACUUGUCAAGGGCGCAAGGAACACGACGGUUCACAACAUCCAAGGAAUAAAUCUGAUGAAGAACACCGCAUCAGAACUUUGGGGUAUCGAUCCUACUGUAGGAUACACGACAGGCUUCGGUUUUAUUCGCCAAUUAGCGAUUCACCUCCGAACUAGUAUCACAAACAAGACGAAGGACUCGUACAAGACGGUAUACAACUGGCAGUACAUCCACUCUCUAGAUUUCUGGUCGCGAGUUGUUGCAGCACAUUGCGAGUCACUUCGCGAGGCUGAGGCCGGCAAGCCUUCGCCAUUACGACCGCUCAUCUAUCCCAUUGUCCAGCUCACCUUGGGUGCGAUGCGCCUCAUCCCGACUGCGCAAUACUUCCCUCUCCGCUUCCAGCUUGUUCGCUCCCUACUCCGAAUCUCAUCAGCAACGUCAACUUACAUCCCGCUUGCGCCAGCGCUCGUCGAGGUCUUGAACUCAGCUGAGAUGAAGAAGCAGCCCAAGCCCAGCACACUAAAGACGAUGGACUUCAGCAUCGCCAUCAGGGCUACAAAAGCAUAUCUGCGGACUCGCGUCUAUCAAGAUGGUGUCGGGGAGCAAGUAGCCGAGCUAUUGUCCGAGUUCUUCAUCCUCUGGACCAAGAACAUCGCCUUCCCAGAACUCGCUCUACCCGUCAUUGUAAUGCUCAAGCGCUGGGUCAAAGCUAUGACGAAAAAGACCGGCGGCAACCGCAACUCUAAGAUCAACUCGCUCAUCGUGCUGCUUGUCCAGAAACUCGAAGCCAACUCGAAAUGGAUCGAGGAGAAGCGCGCGAAGAUUGACUUUGCGCCCAACAACCGAGCUGGCGUCGAGGGCUUCCUCAAGGAUGUCGAGUGGGAGAAGACACCGCUCGGUGCUUAUGUAGCCGGACAAAGAAAGUCGAGAGAUCAAAAGAACAAGAUGUUGGAGGAUGCGAGGAAGACCGACGACAAGAAGAGGAAAGAGGCUGAGAAGGAGGAUGCAACUGAUGGUGUCGAGCAGUUCGAAGACGAUUCUGGCGAGGAGGAAGAGGAUCAGGAGCUUGAUGCGAUUAGUGAGGACGAGCUAGAAGAGGAGGAUGAUGAGAGCGACGACGAGUAGUUCAAGUACAGGGUCGGCUGUUAAAUUAGGUGCAUGUUUGAUAGUUAUUUUGGACUAGAAAUCGGGUGGUUGUGCAUAGGCGAUUCAAUUCGCUUGGAAUUCCAAAGUUCAAUGCGCGUUCAUCUCUU